AAUAUAUUGCACAAAUGGGAGUUAUUUGGGCAGGAUUUGAAUUCUGAAAAUGAAUCAAGAAGUGUUAACUCAACUAGUUAUAGUCAGCUCCAAUUACCAAAGGCUUGGUGAUUCUCGGUGUGGCAAGCAUCUUGGAAGCAAUGAAGGCAGCUAUCUAUCUUUCUGGGUUCUGUUGGAUUUUGCGGGCUGUGUUUGUGCUAACAUCUUUGGAAGAGGGAAAAAGUAUUUCCAUGGCACAAUUACCACCCAAGAUCCCUCACGCGGUGCUAUGUGUGAAUGAUUUCUCUGCUUCUUCCCAACAGAAGAUGCCUUCUGUGGCAAGUUUCUCGCUGGAUGUUGCUGCUUCCAACAAGGACCCUUUCUGGGCGGAUGAAUUCCAUGACUUCUCAUCAGCAAGACGCCAGGCCCACCGCCGGUCGGUGAGCGAUUCCAUUACCUUCGUCGAGGCUCCUGUGUUGCUGGACGAUUGUCAUGUUAAUUCUAGGAAUGUCCGACCCAGGUUUGAGGCUGAGAAUGAGUUUGACAGAUUUGAUGAUGAGAAAUUCAUGUCCAUGUUCAAUAAUGACUUAUCUGGGGUUGCCAUGCCUCUAACCUUUUCCUCUUCAAAAACACCGAGCCCAUCUGAUCAUAACAGCAUUAAUGACGAGAAAGAAAUCACGAACCAACUCCAACAACACCAGAACCUGCACGAGCAGAACGAAGAUCAGCAGCAGCAAUUGAAAAAUGAAUCCAAUGAGGUCGAUAAUCAUAUAAGCAAAUGGCAGGAAAUACAACCUAAUGAUACGUUAGCAACUUCCUCUGACAAGAUCACUGAUCCCAAGAGGGUCAAGAGAAUCUUGGCAAAUAGGCAAUCUGCACAAAGAUCACGAGUGAGGAAGCUGCAAUAUAUAAAUGAGCUGGAACGUAGUGUAACUUCCUUACAGGCCGAAGUAUCAGUGCUGUCUCCAAGGGUUGCAUUUUUAGAUCAUCAACGCUUGCUUCUAAAUGUAGACAAUGGUGCUCUAAAGCAACGAAUUGCCGCCCUCACUCAAGACAAGAUCUUUAAAGAUGCUCUUCAAGAUUCACUUAAGAGGGAGUUAGAGAGGCUUAGGCAAGUGUAUCACCAACAAAACCUCAAGAACAUGGACUAUGUUGCAGGUUCAGCUUCCCCCUCACCAAAUCCCCAAUGCCAUGGUCUGACUGAAAAGGAACAACUUCUCAACGUUUGAACAUACUUACCCAUAGUAAUGUACUAAUGAUCACGUAGCCAGUUUAUGUAUGAUACUGUUAUUCUUGUUACUGUAUAGAAAAAACUUCCUAGUCUUGGAUUAGAACGGAGAAAGGGGUCGGGGAAAGAAGAAUAGGAGGGGAUAAAUUCUUAGAUAUUGAGUCUACUAACUGACAGUACAAUGCACUAAUGGUAAACUAUUAUUUCCUUGCAAUAGCUGGUUGUAUGGUAUAGAGGAAUUUCUCAUUCAUUAAAGGGAGGGGAGGAGAAGGAGAAGAAGCGAUGAAUAUCCUCCUCUUUUACUCUCUUUUGUUUAUAGUACUACUUUGUGUUUGGAAUCACGUUGGGGUGGGCUCAAUACCAUGUUUUGGCAAAAGUAACUCAAAAGAUGCUUCUGCCAAAACCACGUUUUGGCUUCUGCUAACAUAAUUCCAAAUAUGCACUGAACAUUAUAUUGGGUGGUGUCAAAGAUUUAGACAGUAAGACUUCUUCUCAGCCAUUUGAUAAAUGAAGUUAGAGGAAAAAUGAGUGAAAAUAGGGCACAUCCAAUGUGGUAAGGCCACUGUUGGUACUCUUCUGCUGCUACGAAACAGAGCAGUGAUGUAAUGUGUUUACUUUAAAGAAUGGGACCACUAAAACUGUGCAUGAGUGUAAUGCAGAGAAACUUGUGUUACCGCAAGUUGGAAGAAACUGGAAUGUUUACCUAGAAAUGCAAAGGAGAUGGUAUCUUAUUGUAUUGCAAUAUUGUUGAUCAUUGUCUUUGAUUCCUCCCCCACCUCCUUUUUAUUUUGGCGUUUUGCAAUUGAAGUGGAAACAAAGAAUGGUGCGCUUGUUUGUCCACACCCCCCCCAAAAAAAAAAAAAAAAAAAAAGAAUAAUGGACUUGUGUUGGAAGUUAGAACUUGGAAUGCAUGAGAGGAAGGUAUUGUGAAGUCUUGGGGUUGGAAUCCUCUGGAGUUGAUGUGCUUUAUAACUGCCAUGGUUGGAUGUAAUUAUCUAGUCUUCGAUAUAUAUUCACAGA